AUGCAUACCUGUCCUGAGUGUGGACUUGAUGUGGCUCUUGCCAACAAGUUGCAAAAGUCAUUUGCAUGGAUUCCCCCUCUUGUGGCAGACUCCAAUGAUGAUGAAUAUUUUACGGGUUCGGAAUCUAUCACUGAUGAGGAGUUGAUGGAGGAAUGUGCCAGUGGUAGCUCAACUCAAGUUGUAUCAGAUAGUGUACUGGACAUUCUGGAAGGUGGCAUCAUUGACUGGAGUGAGCUAGAGAGGGUUGACAAAGGUAUCAUGCCUACUGGUUUUAUUGAAGAGAUCAAUAUACUCAAUUAA